UGUAGUGUUUGGUUUGAGUGAAAUCCUGCAUGCUCACGUAUAGUUGCCCAUUCAUAAUCUAUAAGUUCUACUACUUCUUCCACAGAUACGGCUUAACAAAAGUAAAAUCCAAAAAAGGUGCUAGUAUUAACGCGCAAUCGAAGAGGAAAAUAACGGUGGUUGCGUGAGCGCGCAAGCGUGCGUGUUUGUUUAUUUGUUGUCCUGCAGAAGUGGUCCGGCCCACGCGGACGGGUUGCUAUGGAGAGCAGUUCCCCGGGAGCGCCACAGAGACUCGCAGAGAGGAGCGCGGAGCCGGAGAGCCCAAACGCACAGGGAAUCAUGGAGAAAAGAUUGCUACUGAAGACGACUUUGUCAUCAAAUGGACUGCGACUCAUAAUAUCGCUUCUCGUCACGUACGGAUUUACCUCAGGUGUGAGCAGUAACCAGGUUUUUGUUCCUGAGAAAGUGAACGCAGUCCUGGGGAAGAACAUCACACUGGGCUGCAGAAUAGAUGUGGGCGCCAACCUCAGCCUCACACAGAGCUCCUGGGAGCGUCGUCUUCCCUCAGGCACCGUCACCUUAGCAGUGUUCCACCCAGAAUUUGGAACCUCCAUCUCUCCAGACUAUGCCAAGCGUGUCGCCUUCGUGUCCCCCUCAAAACACGACGCCACCAUUACUCUUGAAGGAGUCGGCUUUGCAGACAUCGGGUCCUAUACCUGCAAAGUGGCUACUUUUCCUCUGGGCAACACACAAGCAUCGACCAUCGUUAAUGUAUUAGUGGAACCCAAAGUGUACGUGUCAGCGGGUCCAGCGGCUCUGCUGGAAGGAGGGGACGAGUCGCUGGUGGCCACCUGCAUAGCGGAGCGUGGCCGUCCUGCCGCUCAAGUGUCCUGGGAGACGGCGCUGCACGGACACUCUGAGGUGCAGACGCAGGAUGAGCCCAACGGCACCACCACCACCCAUGUGCGCUACAUAUGGCUGCCCGACAGCCACGCCCAGGGACAAACCCUCACAUGUGUGGUGCGCCACCCGGCCCUGCAAACCGAGUUCCGCAUACCAUACACACUCAACGUGCAGUUUGCACCAAUUGUAUCAAUAAUGGGAAAUGACAAAAACUGGUAUGUGGGACAAGAAAACGUGAGGCUCGACUGCGGUGCCAAAGCGAAUCCGCCUGCACAUCACUUCUCCUGGACCAGGAUGGAUGCCCCGAUGCCUGCGGGGGUUGAGAUAGCAAACAGUAGCUUUGUUUUUACUCGACCUUUGGAGCGCAAUGACUCUGGACUGUACAGGUGUGAAGUGAUGAAUGACAUUGGUCUGCGCAGUCAAGAUGUACAGUUCUGGAUCCAAGACCCUCCCCCCACUACAGCUGCCCCCACCACCACUGCAGCCCUCUUCCAGGACACCACUGGCACCAGCACUGUCGUGGACCAGCGCACAGCCCUGUUCACCUCCCCAACCCUGGCCUCCUUGCCUGAGAGCAGCCUGGGCACCAUAGUUGGCGGCGCAGUCGGCGGAGUUCUCUUCCUGCUCCUGUUGCUGAUUCUGGGCGGGGCCUGUUUCAUGCGCCAGCGCAGAACCUUCAGGGGAGACUACUACACCAAGCAGUACCUGGGACCCUCCGACAUGCAAAAGGAGUCUCAGCUGGAUGUCCUGCAGCCGCAUGAGCUACAGGAGGUGUAUGGGGACAAGGGCAGCAAAGGCAGCCAGGAGCUGAAACCCAAACCAGGAGGAGACAUCAUUUACCCGGACUACACCUCUGAACGCAAAGACAGGGAAGACUGGGUAGACCAGGGCGACAUCCACAGGGGUCUCAAGGAGGGCAACUACUACCCUGAGCACUACAACAACACCCAUAACAUGCACCCUUGCGGGCCUCCUGUGCACAGUCCCAUAGUGAACAACGGCUCCCCCUAUCUCCCGGAAGACUGCUAUGACAAUGGUACAGACAGCGACUAUGUGUCUCACAUGGAUGGAUCUGUGAUUUCACGCAGGGAGUGGUAUGUUUGAGGAAGGCAGCGGGAAAAAGGACCUUGCAGUAAUUGACUGAGAAUAAUUUAACAACUUUCAGAUACGAAUAUCAUCAAAAGUUAUAUCAGUUCGGUGAAAGGAUGAAUAAAAAUCUCCUGCUCAGUUUUACAAUGAGCUUUCAAAGGUUAUUGCUCUGCCUUGAUUGUAACCACUUACCUUAAGGACUUGUGUGUGGAUUGUUUCAAUUUUGUAGCAUUUCAAGGAGCUACAAGUAAGCCGGGAUAGCCUCAUUGAUAUUAUCUUUAACCUUAAGAGGCUUUGGCAUACCAUUCAGUUUUAAGAGAUGUGAAAGAGUUUUUGUUUUCUGCUUGUGUACGUAUGCACCUGUCGUAGGACAGACUUUCAGGCCCUUAUUAGAGAAGUCUUUAUAUUCCUGACUGAGCGCUGCGCCCAUAUGUUGCAUUGCCAUGAAACCCUAAAAUUCUGUGGCAUUUUGAAAAUGGACACUUGAUCGCUUACCUGUGUGCAAAUGACCUUUUCAUAAAGGUCAAAUUUUCAUCACGGCUGCGAAGAGCAUUCAAAAUACAAAUAUAUUGCAUGGAUUUUGUAAAACAAAAUGUAUCAUUAAGUGAAAGGGAAAGUUAUUCAAUCAAACAUGAAUAAAAGGGAGAAUUACACAGGAAUUGUACUUAGGGAAAAGCAGGCUGACUGGCGCGAGUACAUUUACAGGAAAGCACUGCCCUUUGGUGAAGAAAUUGAAGUAAUUAUUUUGCUGGCUCAUAAUUCAUCCUUUUGAUUUAAAUAUUCAUGCCAGCUUUUGUAAACAGUAUCAUCUUUCAGUAAAAGUCUGUCUAAUCACCAGACGGUGAAGAGAGCUACAUAACAAAGAGAGAAGUCACUCCCUGUGGAAGUAUUUUUCUUUCAUCUUUUGAUCUUUAACAUUCAUAAAGCUAUAGAUGGGUAUAUAAACUGGAUACAAAAGGGUUGUCUCAAGGUCUAGUAUAAUUGGAAGUGCGAGGUAGCUGGCCAAUCCUGAUCAGAACAAGCAGCGGGCUGAUUUGCUCAUUUUGAAAUGUCUCAAUGCAGCUGCAGUCUUUGACUGAAAGGCGUUAACACCCUUGUUAUAGUUGCAUUUGCCAAAAAACAUCACAGCAAGUCAACCAGGCCUUGUGCUUCUACAGCGAGCUAUGAUAACACACAGAGCAGCACUGAUGCCCUUUCCAUCCUCUGCUUCUGUGUUAUCUGAUGGUUAUCUGUUUCAACUUUGUCUCCAGAAUUAACACAGAUUAUGUUGUAUUAAAUACAGGAUUAACAUAGUAUUUUAUGCUGGUAUAGCAUUUCUGUAAAAUUUUACCAGAUGCGACUGUCAACGCUGUCAUCAUCUGACAUUUUGUGGCCCCCAUGAAGUGAUUUUCACGCACCACCAACGUCUUCACUGCUCCCCUGCCUCAGUCUUUAUUAAUUAUUGUAAGCAGGGAGAAAUGCUGGUUGAAAAAGUGUUCCCACAACACAGAGAGGGAGCGAUUGUGGUCUUUCAGCUCUAGUUGGCAUAAGUGUUAUAAGUAUCAUUAUGUGACUACCUCACAACACAGCUGGAAACAAAGCUGGCAGUUGACAUCACUACUGAUUACAGGGCCAGCUAAAACUGGGGCUUGGCUCCUCAGCAGCUCCUGUGAGGAUACACAGCGAUCAUGGAAAACUAGAAAUGUUAUACCCGACUGAAAGAUUGCUUUAAGAACCAUUUAGUUCUGUCUGUUUUAAUAGCUCCUCUAGGGAAUUUUUUUUUUGUUUCUAAUGCUAACAACAAGCGCUAUGACAUUAAAUUGAAACAAAAGAGUUGACAUCACCAGUGAUCUCAUCUCUCAUUGCUUGAUUUGACCUCACGCUUCCUGCUCAGCCUGUAGCUACUUUUUUUUUUUUUUUUUUUUUUCCUUGAGGAAUGAUACAAGGAUCAAAGUGGCCUCUGCAAAGCCUCACCAUGAAAGGGAAAAUGUCCUUUCUGGAAAGAUCCCCCCGUUUAGUCUGUCAGGGUGUUUGCUGCUAGAGGAGAGAACCAUGUAUGUCUCUCAUAGGGAAAUCUGGAUUGGGGAGGUGGGGUUGCUUAUAGUUUGAGGUUUCUUUCUUUGUUAUUAGGGUUUUACAGAUUGCCGGCACACUUUUUCAUUUGAGCUGCAUUUCUUUUUUUCUUUCUCCGCCAUCAUUUGCCUCCACAGCCCUGUGAGCGCUUUAACUGAGGGUGUCGAUGUCUGAGCAUAAACGACUUUAAUCUCAUUUUCUCACACACACAUACACACACACACACACACAGAUACAUGCAUGCCACUCAUUCACUACAUAGGCCACUCCAGCCCACAUGCAAAGACUAGCCGUCACCUCGAAGCUCUUGCUCAUUUUAAUGAACUUUGAACUUUCCCUCCCCUUCCUGGUGCACUUGAAGUGUUCCUUGUCAGUAUAACUUCAGUGUCUGCAUACACAGGGUGUUUUUUUGUGUGUGUGUGUGUGUGUGUAAUGGUUGAUUCAUAACCGUCAGCCUGUCUCUUAUACUGUAAGUGGACAAACCCACUCUUUGUAAACUGCUUUCUGCGAGACUGCUGUAAAAUGCAUCCAAGGCCAGGGAAAAUUUAGCUUUUCAUCGGGUUUUGCUUAAAUUCUUGAUUGUUUGUUUGUUCAAUAUUUUCUGUUUUACACUUAAACUGAAGUUGUGAAUGUUUUAGUUUUUCCUCUGUCCUUUUUGGAUUUCUUACUUUCUUUUUCUUUUUUUUUUUUUUUACUGUUAUGACCAAUUUUUGGUCAAUCAUCUUCUCAUUACACACAGAUUAAGUUAUUCUCUGCCUACUGCCUUCAUUAUUUCAGAUCACUGACAUCGUAGUGGUAUACAUGUACAUAAUGUUAAUAGGUUAAUGUGUGAUUAGCCAGUUGUCAGCAAAUAUUUGACCGACAUGUUCAUACACAGUAUGUUCUGAAGCCCUCUGCUGAAUAGUUGGUGCCUUAGACGGGCUGAGCAAUGCACAGAAACUUUCUAAAAUAAUUAUUUUAUGGAUUUGUGUAAAGGCUGUUACUGUCAGAGAGGAGGACUGACUGGUCCUUGAUUAUGUCUUCCACCUUGGUAUUUAAGUUUUGUCGUUAUCGAAUAGUCUAUGUUAAAGUUGACUAAAGGUUGAUUGUUAUGCCUUAUACAGAUUCAGAGGACACAUGUAACAGCUCCGUUACAGAGUACCAGAAAAUUGUAAUUAGUUAAGUUUCACUGGGAAUUUUAGGCAGGCCAGAGUCAUUGAAAAUAUUAUUGUCCUGUAAAUAUGCUGGCUGUUUUUUUAUUAUUGAAAAAAAAAAUCUUAUUUUUUUCUAUGAGGUCUGUAAUUUUCAGAGUAUUAGUUUAUCUUACAAGCAUUGAGGAGCUCCUGCCUCAUGGUACACGGUGAGUGCUCUUCCUUUCGCUGCAUUUUAUAUUAGUUCUGAAGAGUUUGUGACUAAUUAUUUUGUAUAUUGUUGUUAAAAUGAUUGAUCUCUCACAGGAAUCAAAAAUGAAAGAGCCGUAGAUUGUAUUUUGUUCCUUUUGUCUGCAAUAAAAGUUCCACCA